AUUAUUUAAUAACAAAUGUCCAAUUAUCAAGAAAUCGUUAAUUUAAACAUAGGAGGAACUAGAUUCGCUACAUCCUGGCAUACUUUGACAUGGGUACCAGACACAUUCUUCACAGCACUAUUAAGUGGCAGGAUACCCACAGUCAGAGAUGAAACUGGAGCCAUAUUCAUUGACAGAGAUCCAAACUUAUUUGGCCUUAUCCUCAACUUCCUCAGGACAAGAGAUAUAGACCUUAAUAACGUAAAUAUAAGAGCGUUGAGACAUGAAUGUGAUUACUUCGGCAUCACUCCACUGAGUAGGAGAUUGGCGCUUUGUGAUGAGAUGAAUCAUUCUUCAUGUGGGGAUGUGCUGUUUUAUGGAUAUCUGCCUCCACAAUUAAACGCUCAACUGCCAAACAACGGUAAUGGAAGAAACGGCAACAGUUGUUCACGAAAGAACUCCACGGCGUCAAACACAGAUACUUCAGCCAAUAGAACACAUUCUAGAAAUUCAUCUUUGGACCUUCGUACAGUUGGCAGGAUACCAUCUCAGGAUCAGUUGAGUCGAUGUGGUAGAGGCCACUCUAGAGCAGCCUCUCUCGGAAAUACGGACUGCCAUAAAGUGCUGCGACCCCCUGAAAUCAAUGCGUGGACAGACACAAUGAAGGUUCAAAUAAUAAAAGCACAUCACAAUUGGAUAGCAGUUGCGUAUUCUCACUUUGUUACUGGAUACAGAUUAACAGAUUCAUGUGGUUGGUAUGUAGUGUUUCAAUCUCCUGUACAAGACUCCGUGAUAGAGAGGAUAGCCUUGAACGCUAAAACAAGUGGGGGUGGCGCUAACUCGAGCGGGAACAAUUCAUCGGGCACUGACGUCAUGUUGGGUAUAGCAAGUGGUCCACUGGUGCGGUUAUGGGCAUUUUCUACGCACAGUGAACCUAUUCGAAGAACUUUAAUUGGAACCUUCAACCUCGGUGUUCGAGUGGAACACUUACUCUUCGUAGGUCCCCAACUUGUCGCCUUAAGCGGUGCCGGAACCCGUAGCAAAGCCGGUGUCUGGCACACUAGCACGCAGCACUGGCAAACACAGGAUGUGGCCCAUCUUACUACUUAUGAUACUGCUGGAUCGUUCCUAUUGCUUGGCACUGCGACAGGAGCUAUUAAUUAUAUAGACAUGCAGAAAUUUCCGCUCCGUAUGAAGGACAACGAUUUGCUGGUAACACAGUUAUACAAGGACCCUAAUCAAGAACCAAUUACUGCUAUAUCAGUCUAUCUUACUCCUAAAACUAAUCUGUGUGGUAACUGGAUAGAAAUUGCAUACGGUACUAGAUUCGGCUCCGUAAGGGUCAUUGUGCAACAUCCUGAAACCGUAGGUCACGGACCACAGCUCUUCCAAACAUUCACUGUACAUCAGAGUCCUAUUACUAAGGUAUCACUAUCAGAGAACUACUUAAUAUCAGUAUGCAGCGAGUACAACCACGUACGAUCGUGGCGUGUGACGCGGUUCCGCGGGAUGAUCUCCACUCAGCCCGGUACAACGCCUAAAGCUGCUUUCAAAGUCCUCGCACUGGAAGCACCUACAGCUCAACCUCAUAACGACUGCGGACCGUACGGUGAACAAGACGAGGAGCAAAUGUUUAUACAAAAAGUUGUACCUGACACAGAUACGCUUUAUGUGCGGUUAGCGUCCAAUGGGAAAAGAGUAUGCACAAUCCGUUCAGUAGACAGCUCCGCAGUAUCAUGUUUCACGGUCGCCGAGUGCGAAGGGGCGCUCCGUCCGAGGCGAUUGUUGCUCUGUGGCCACCGCUCCGGCGCAGCACAAAUGUGGGACCUUACAGCUGCUAUUGAUAAGGCUGCCAAGCCUGGCCCCACACCUGGUCCUACUAGUGGGCCUAGCACUAGUAAUGGCAGUAGUCACAAAGAGGGUGAAUUCGAAGACUCUCCAGUACAGGACGGUGGACCAACUCCCGAUGAACUAGUCAGACUGCUAUCCGCAUGUGACCUCGACGCGACCCCCGCGCCUGUUGUCGUCCCUCUAUCACCGAAUAGACCCAUGCAGGCCCCAUGAUCAGCGACGUGUAGUGCACUUAUGUGGCUUUACUCCGUUGUUUUUAAUUCAUAAAGGACA